AUUUUCAUCUUCAUUAUUCCAACAUCAUGGUCGUCUAAUCCUGCCAAAAUUUGGAGCUUGCGCAGCCCAUAAUAAUAUUAGCAGGAAACCCCAGUAACUAAAGCCUCUUUUCCACAAGAGGAAAGCAGUAUUUUUGACCUUUUGAGUUGCCAUGAAAAGAACCAGCAAACUUCAUGUAGCAGUGUUUCCAUGGCUAGCCAUGGGACAUCUUAUACCAUUUCUCAGAUUCUCCAAUCUCUUAGCCCAAAAGGGUCAUUUAGUUUCUUUCAUUUCAACCCCAGGAAACCUACACAGGCUUCCCAAAAUACCUCCACAACUAUCUUCUCACAUUUCACUAAUAUCCCUGCCCUUGCCUUCCGUACCAGGACUGCCAUCUAAUGCAGAGACCACUACUGACGUACCCUACACUAAACAACAAUUGUUAAAGAAAGCUUUUGAUUUGCUCGAGUCUCCAUUAGCUACUUUUCUUGAAACCAAGAAACCAGACUGGGUUAUUUACGAUUAUGCUUCUCAUUGGCUGCCAUCUAUAGCUUCCAAGGUGGGAAUUUCAAGUGCCUUCUUUAGUCUCUUUACUGCUGCAACACUAUCCUUUAUUGGCCCGCCGUCGUUGACGAUGAACGGUGGAGAUUUGCGGCUGACAGCUGAGGACUUCACAAUCGUGCCCAGAUGGGUUCCGUUCGAGUCUAAUAUUAAGUAUUGUAUCCAUGAGGUGACAAAAUAUAUAGAGAAAACGGAAGAAGACGAAACAGGACCGAAUGAUACGGUUCGAUUUGCUUUUGCUUCUGGAGGAGCUGAUGUUGUCAUUAUUAGAAGCUCACCGGAGUUUGAACCGGAGUGGUUUGACCUUUAUAGCAAGAUGAGCGAAAAACCAAUCAUUCCGCUCGGAUUCUUGCCUCCCCCGGAAGUAGAAGAAGAAGAUGAUGAUAUUGACGUUAAAGGAUGGGCUGAUAUUAUAGAAUGGCUGGAUAAGAAGGAGGCCGAGUCGGUUGUAUAUGUUGCUCUAGGAACUGAAGCUGCUUUGACUCGACAAGAAGUGAGGGAGUUGGCUCUUGGCUUGGAGAAGUCGAGAUCACCUUUUAUUUGGGUACUCAAGAACCCACCUGGAACAACUCAGAAUGCAUUGGAGAUGCUACAAGACGGGUAUGAGGAACGAGUUAAGGAUCGUGGGAUGAUCUACUGUGGAUGGGUUCCACAGGUGAAGAUACUGAGUCACGAGUCAGUUGGGGGGUUCUUGACCCACUGUGGUUGGAACUCGGUUGUUGAAGGACUCUCAUUUGGGAGGGUUUUGAUUCUGUUUCCAGUUUUAAAUGACCAAGGGCUUAAUGCUAGGUUGUUGCAUGGGAAAAAAAUUGGGUUAGAGGUACCCAGGAAUGAGUCAGAUGGGGCAUUUACGUCCGACUCGGUGGCAGAGCUGGUAAGAAAGGCAAAAGUAGAUGACCCAGCAGACUUGGCAAAGGAAAUGAGAAACUUGUUUGGGGAUAGAGAUAGGAACAACCGACUUGCGGAAGGGGUUGUUCAUUACCUGGAAGAGAACAGGAUCUCACGGUUAAAAAACACAAACUAAGGCUGCAUUUCACAGCAAUAGGACUGAAAUCACAAGUCAUAUUGAUUAAUCCUUGCUGCUUCACAUGAAUUAUCACUGCACAUUAAAAUUAUAUGUCUGAAAUUGCAGCCCUAACUGCUAAAUCAGGAAGAGUGUCCUACGUUUAGAAUAUUGAGUCAAAUAAACGUCUGUUUGCUUUUUGGGGAUUCUGUUGGCAACACUUGUCAUAAUGAUGAAAUUUUAAAUCACUCUGUCAAAGAAAUGCACACUUGUGAUUGUACUGUAUUAACAAGCAUAAUGGGAAAAUGUCAGCAAGUUUUAUCAUUUUUGUCA